UAUGAUGAUGUUGGUAUGUGUAAGUAUGUGUGUGAAAUGAUUUCGAGAUUCGUAUUGUGGUCGUAAAGAUGCGUUCUGAUAAUUUCUGGACACUUUCGACAAGGAAGAUAUACAUUCCUAAUGGACUGGUUAAUUUCAAAAGUACUUCGGGGCAAAACCAAGUUCCUUAAUUUCGAUUUUGUAAAAUUGUAUUAUUCCAAAAAACAUAACCUGAAAGAACUCCUGCUAACUAUGCCAAGAGACGCAAAACACACCGCAGAACUACAGAAGCAGCGUCAAAAGUUGAAAGAAAAAGGACAGAAGUAUGUUCCAGGAACUGUCUCUUUACAGGUACUUGGCAGCGGUGCUAAAGGUGUACCUCGAUCUCUCUAUGUGUUUACUGAUCAGUCUAGGUAUCUAUUUAAUUGUGGUGAAGGAACGCAACGAUUGGCACAUGAGCAUAAGAUGAAGUUGUCCAAAUUGGAACACAUUUUCAUUACGCAUCCAUCUUGGGAGAAUAUUGGAGGUCUCCCUGGUGUUGCUCUCACUAUCCAAGAUGUUGGGGUUCAAGAAAUUACACUUCAUGGCCCAGCUGGAACUGAUGAGAUUUUCAAAGCAACUCAAAGGUUUGUCAUCCUCAAGGACCUUUCAGUGAAGAUGGCAUGUUGCUCAGCAGGCACCCAUUUUGAGGACUCUGUAAUGACUGUCCGCUAUUUACCAAUUACCAGUACAGCUGUAAUUUCUGCAAAAGAUGUGAAUAGUGAUACAACAAUUUCAGAUAUGAAAUCAGGUGGUCAGGCUGUUUCACCUCGAGGCAGUUCAUCAUCUAGCACAAAGAUAAGCAGCGACGAAGAGGAUGAUGAUGUGGACUAUUAUGCUCAUGAACGUAAACGAAAGAAGCACAGUCACUGGGGGGACAGAAAUGCUGAAACAAAGAGACAAAGGUCGAACAUUGAUGCUCCUAAAGAACCAGUGGCACUGUCCUACAUUUGCCAGCUGAAGCCUAGGCCUGGGUCACUGUGUCUUGAACGCUGUGUGGAAAGAGGAGUGCCUCCUGGUCCUCUUUUGGGCAAACUGAAAGCUGGUGAAGACGUGUUAUUGUCUGAUGGCACCUUGGUCAAAUCUGCAGAUGUUCGAAUGCCUGACGACCCUGGUCCAGUUUUCCUUGUUGUGGAUUGCCCAUCUCUUGACUAUGUGGAUUCUCUAGUAAAUAAUCCCACAUUCUCAAGGCAUCAGGAAGCAGCCAUGUCAGAUUGUGAUGUUGCUUUUCUUGUUGUUCACUUCACACCAAAAGCUGUCAUGGAGGAUUCAAGGUACCGUAUGUGGAUGAAGCAGUUCUCUCCUAGCACGUACCAGCUGAUAAUCAAUGAGAGUAACAGUUGUAUGGGAAGUGUUGCGGUUCAUCGUAUUCAGCAGAAGCUUCACCUCUUGCACCAGGGGAUAUUCCCCCUCCUACAGGAUAAAGGCAUUCCUUCAGAAGAUUCAGCAUGUAAUGGGAUGAAUGGAGUUGUUAGGACCAUCCCUGAAGCUGAACAGAAGAAUGAAGGAGGUGUAAUUCUUGAUUCUGAAAACAGUGAUGAGCAAGUUUCAGUAAUAAAAGAGAGCUCUAACAAAAUAACUGAAAGAACGCUGACUUCAUAUGAAAAUGUUUCUGAUAUUUUUUCUUUAAUUGGAGCAAGAACUUUCUGCAGUGUGCAUCUCCGACCUCGCAAAGGUUUGGACAGAAAAGGAGAAUUGAAGUUGAACCCCAAGCUGUAUGUAAAAGAGACACUGUGUGAGGAGGGGUUCCCAGAGGCUUUGGCUGACUUGAAGCAGAAGCUUGCAGAGAUUCAAGUUGAUCCUUUGAAAAAGUUCCCACAAGUCCUUUUUCUUGGAACUGGAUCUUGCAUACCCAAUAAGACACGCAACACCAGCAGCAUUCUGAUUCAUAUCAGUGAAGAUGACUGCAUCAUGCUGGAUUGUGGAGAGGGAACCUAUGGACAGCUGGUGAGGUUUUAUGGACCAGAAGCAGUGGAUGCUGUCCUUGGAAAGCUGCGAGCUGUGUUUAUAUCUCACCUUCAUGCUGACCACCACAUUGGGUUGGUUGGCCUGCUCAAGGGACGCAAACGAGCUCUCCCACAGAGUCCUGUAUUUCUCAUUGCACCCAAGCAAAUCAUGUCUUGGCUAAAGCUCUAUCACAACUGCUUUGAGCCUGUACUACAGGAGUUUUUACUGAUUGCCAAUGGAGAUCUGCACAUGGGAAGGCGGAAUGUUGAAGCUGACCUGUACUCACAGUUGUUAACAUAUCUACAUAUGUCUGACAUCAGCACAGUUCCAGUCAAACACUGUCCUAAUGCAUUUGGAGUGGCAUUCAGGCACUGUGAUGGCUGGAAGCUGACAUACUCUGGUGAUACAAUGCCCUGUGAUGAUCUGGUGGAGCUUGGUAGAGGGAGUGACUUGCUGAUUCAUGAAGCCACAAUGGAGGAUGAACUUAUGAGAGAAGCUCAGUCAAAACUGCAUUCUACAACUUCACAAGCAAUUGAAGUUGGGCUGCGAAUGGGAGCCAAGUUUACACUCUUGACACACUUCAGCCAACGUUAUGCCAAACUGCCACGCCUCAAUGCCAACUUUACGAAAGAUGUUGGUAUAUCAUUUGAUAACAUGCAGGUGAGACUGGGGGAACUGCCUUUACUCCCAAUGAUGUAUCCAUCACUGCGACUCAUGUUUGCCGAACAUUAUGACGAAAUGGAACAGAAGACAGCCCGCAAGCUUCUGAGACAAGAACGUGAACAGCAGGCAUUUAGUUCAUGAUAAGAAGAUGACCAUGUUUUGGUUGCAGUCAUAUUGGAUAGCUUUCAUGUAUGUCACUAAAAGAAUAUAUUUUGUAUGCUUUCAACAUGCUGUACUUAUCAAAGACAGUCAGUGAUUGGAAUAAAUUUACAUUCAUUUCA